AUGUCCGAGGCUCCACGAGUUGAGCUUAAUAACACGCAAACCGAUUUCGACCUCCAGACGCCCAACGGCACUCCGGACCUCAUAAACCAAAUGGACGGCUCCCCCUCGCAGACCAACGGCAGCGCCAACCAGGACCUGCAAAACAGCGCAAUCAAGGCAAAGAACGGAAUUCUGGAGAGUAAGUCUUAUCUGCCGCCCGCACAACACCUGAUUUCCUGA